AUGAUGAAGCGCAAGGCGGAGGCGGCGCGUAUGGCCAGUUCAGGAAGCGGGGCGACGACGGGUAUGAAGCGCAAGCGAUCGCCACUGGAGGACGAGCGGCUGUCGUCGGGCUUCCAGCUACCAUUUGUCGGUGCGUCGGUGUCGUCUCUUAGGGCAGACCCUCCAAGGCCGCCCGCGAAGGCCAUGAACGGGAUAGCGAAGGAGGCUCCUGGCCACGAGUCGAAGUCGAAGAGCGAUACGAAGAGGCAGGCGAAGGAGAAGGACAGAACCGCGAAACUGUCGCCCGUGGGCAUCCGUGCUCGACCUCCGCCGGGACCGCCGGGACCUGCGGGCCCGCCGACGUCGCGCCAGAGGACCGGGUCGGUUUCGAGCAACGCGCCGCCACCCUCGACGCCGAGUGGGCGCGCUGAGCUAUCGCCAGCGGGAUCGAUGCCGCCCUCGGCGUCAACGUCGCAAAGCACCAUCGUUCCAUCACAAUCUACGGUCUCGCAGUCCUCGAGCGUCAAUGGCGGGUACGGAAACUACUCGACGCGGGCAACUCCCACACCGGCGCACGAGCCUCCCCCGCGCGACGAGUACCAGAUGCACUACAGCUCCGGCGACGAGUCGAACAUGGUCGAGAGGCGUCGAUUUAGCUCGCAAUCGUAUGCGGACUCGCCGAAGGCGGCGUCGCUGUUCGACCAAGCUUCCAUGCAGUAUCCCAGCCCGGCUUCAUAUGGCACCCCUCCUUACUACCACCAAUAUCCUCCGCCUCAAGGCCCGCCUUCCGGCUUCGAGGGUGGCUCCAUGCCCCCUCCGACUUCGUUGCCGCCAAUGGGAGGACUUCCGCCGCCGCCGCCGCCGCCCAUGCCGCCCAUAGAUACCCAGCCUGGUGGUGGCGGGAUGCCCAUGUCUGCUAUGCCCCACGGACACGCACAGUAUCUCUCCUACGAGAAGGCGUCAUACGAAUCGCACAUGAACCGGCCGCCAGAGCAUACGAGACAGCUGACCCACGAGUACCAGCCGCCACCGAAUCCCCAGUCUAUGUCCAUGUCAAGCUCGCAUGGAUGGCUGCCGCCAGAUGCGAACGGUGGAAACGACAUGUGGCACGAAUACAAAUAUAUUGGAUAA